UUUUAAUAUACUGUCCCUAGUUUGAUUUGGCAAGUUGUUUUAUACUAUUAAAUAAAUUAUUUUUAUUUUGACCACAUGGACAGACAAAAGUACUAGCCUAUUGAAUAUUAAACGUCAGAUAAAAAAUCACUUGCCUAAUUAUUAUUAGAUAAACUUAAUGUGGUAACCAGGAUGUCUAGAUCAAUUGAAUUCAAUGUUUUAAUCGAAUUAGGAGCUUGGAGUGCAGGUUCAAGUCUAGGUCUAGUCUUGUGCAUAAAAAUAUCAAGUAGCCACAAUAUUAUUAGUAUUAGUAUUAUUGUUGACCAAACGAAUGUCGUUUUGUUUCAGGAAUCCCUCAACCAGAGUUUGACCAAAGCCAUAUUUGUAAGCAGCGCACCCUUAUCGAUGACCAAACAUCUACCAUGGAUUGAUUUUUUUCCGAAGAUUGUGGCCAUCUUAAAUCUCUCCAUUAAAGUACCAUAUCGCCUAAACUUGCCUAGAUGCUGCGUAUGCGGAGAUGCAAAAUGACAAAACUUCCCAGCCUAAAUCUUCAUUUAAAAUGCAACGGAUGGAGUAAUAUUCUAAACAAAUCAAUUGUAAACAUUGUGAUUUCUAAACCAAAGCCAUUACUUGUAGAUUUUAUUUGUAAUUGGAGACAAUGCAGCCAACAUGCAAAGUGCUUUAAAUAUUGUUAAGGAGAAGUUUUCUUAAAUCAUCGCUUUAGGAUGUCUUGUCCAUCUUUUGAAAUGAAAUGAAAUGAAAAAUGACUUUAUUUACAGAGGCGAAGUUAGGACUUAAAAGUCCUCUCUACCACUUAACCUCCUUUUGUGUGGGGAUAUUGUGAGAUGUGCCACAGUGAAAAGCUUCAUGGCAACUGUAGAUGUGGUGAAAAAUAACCAUCUUUUAAAGGCUAUUUUUGAUUGUCUUCAGUCAGAGAAAAGAUUUAAAGAAAGAAUCUCUUUGAAAUUGCUUGGAAACACAAAAUAGGGGAGCAAUUUAUUUUGCUUAUAAAGUCUGGAGGCAAAUAAGUCUGUUUAGCAGAAACUUGCCAUCAGUGAAAAGGCUGAAAUCUCUCCUGAUCUGAAGAGGCACAUAUUGGAUGAUACAGUAUUUUGGGUACGUGUGGAGAAAAUAAUAAAGAUAAUGAGUUCCAUCAUAGAACUGAUAACAAGCUUCGAGGGCACAAUGAAAUGAUCUACAAAGUCUAUGUCAAGUUUAAAGAACUGCACGAUACAAUGGCUACAGAAAUUCCUCUUUCACCCUUUCAAAAAGUAGAGGAGAACAAGGUUAUGAAAAAAGUAACAAAGAGAAUGAAAUGCGAAAUAAGCACGAUCCACCUCGCAAGAGACCUAUUGAAUCCUUCAAGUCAAGGCUGCCAUCUACAACCUGAAAGUUACUGGAUGCCAUUUAUUUUAUUUGUGAAACAAGUGAGUCAAUGGGCUUUAAGAUAAUAAGACAUUCAAAAAUAUAUGGCUAAUAACAGACAAAAAAAAGGUUUGUGGAAGAGGACAUUUAUUUGGGAAGGUAUAACCGGAAAAGUGGAGAAGGAGAACCAAGUUGGAGCCUUAUUGUGGUGGAGGCAAUUAAGAGGUACUUGUGUGCUGGAUGAUGUUGCCAUCCGAAUCCUUGGUGUCCUAAUAACAUCUUCAGCUACAGAGAGAACAUUAAGCACUUUCUCUUGGAUUCACAACAAAAGGAGAAAUCGCUUGACCACCAAUAGUGUCCAAAAUAACGUACAUCUCUCACAACUGGCACCUUUUAAAUCAGAAAACCCCAAAACCAAAAGAAAGCCAAAAGAAAACCAAGUGAGCAAGAAGUUGAUGACAAGGAGGAACUAGAUGAACCACGACCCCUUGCUGAACUCUUAUCCAAUGACAGCUUGUUAGAAUCCGAAGGUGAACCCUUGGAGGCCAUAGAGUUAGAGACAAAGGACUUGAGCAGCGAAUCUGAUUAAGUUGAAAAGUGGAGAGCGGUUAAGAGUUCUUUUUGUAUGUAUUAGCAUUUUCUCUUGGAUUCACAACAAAAGGAGAAAUCACUUGACCACCAAUUGUAUCCAAAAUAAUGUACAAUAACGUUAGGUUAGGUUGGGAAUUGUGACAUUCAAUUUAGCCACCAUGACUUUCUUUCAUUUAAUUUCUUUCAAUACUCAAGAUCCACUGUACUAUAUCAAUAUAAAUUUCAAAUAUGAAAUAAAUUCCUUACUCUCCAAGUAUGACAAGUACUGCUUUCUAUAAAAAGAUACAGCAACUACAUAAUUCAAUACAUUACAUUAUUUCUGAUUACAUUAGUUACAUUUUGAAACCAUUUUUAGUACUACAAACUUCUAUUGUUAGGGGCAUACCACUUAAGUUUAUUAUUUUCCAAAUAUUUUAAGAUGGAACAUGUCAUCAAGGUUAAAUCAUCGUAAUCUAAGUUUUGACGGAAUACAACAAAUCAUUGAAACAGUAGAAUUUGAUUGUAAUGAUGGUGAUUUUGGGUGUUUAAAUUUAAGAAACAAUGAGCAAAACUAUUGGGUAGAGUAAGAUAAGCGGACCCAGUUAUUUAUAUAGAUUAGUACAACCAUCGAUACUUAAUAUACAUUUAUCGAAUACGCGUUUAUAAAUCAUAUCAACAUCUAUAGUCAUUAUCACAAUCAUAUUUUAAAUUGAAAUAGCUAAUAUAAUACAUAUAGUGAUAAUCUUAUAAAUAAUAAAUGAGCUCUAAUGAUAAAAACGAUAUCAAGCUGGACAAGCUAUAAAUAUUAUAUGGUUUCUUUGAUAUUUCAGUCUAGGCCAUAAUUGGUUUUGUU